CGACUCCGGAGUUCCAACUAGAACAGCAAUCAGUUAACAGCAAGAUGCGCGCCUUUGUCGUCCUGUGCCUCGUGGCCAUCGCCUCCGCCGACAAGCUCGGCUACAACUACAAGCCCGUGGGCCACUCCAGCUCUGGACUGUCCUUCGCUCCUGGCAGCGGAUCCCUCAGCCUGGGAGGCGGCGGUGGAUCCUUGGACGGCGGCUUUGGCGGUCUUGGCGGUGGCUCCAUCGAUCUGGGAUCCUCCGGACUGGGUUCCUCCGGUCUUGGAUCUGGAUUGGGAUCCUCUGGUCUUGGAUCUGGCCUGGGCUCCUCUGGCUUGGGAUCUGGUCUGGGAUCCGCUGGACUGAGCGCCCCCGUCUCCUACAAUGCCCCCGCCCCCGCUGCUGAGCUCCAGAAGGAGUUCUUCACCUACACCGCCAACGAGGAGGACUUCGAUGAGCCCCAGGCUUUGGAACGCGUUGCCAGCUCCGUGAACAAGGGUCUGCGUGUCGUCUUCAUCAAGGGGCCCGAGAACCGUGGUCUGGAGAACGCCGCCCUUGCCCUCGCCAAGCAGGCUGCACAGCAGGAGACCGCCAUCUAUGUCCUGAACAAGCAGGCUGACAUUGGAGAUCUGGCCCAGAAACUGAACGCCAUCCGCAGCAACUCCAACAACAAGCCCGAGGUGCACUUCGUCAAGUACCGCACUCCCGAGGAUGCUGCCAACGCCCAGCGCGCCAUCCAGUCGCAGUACGACCAGUUGGGAGGAUCCAGCCAGGCUAUCAACGGUGGAGUCGCUAAUGCCCUGAACUUCGCCUCCGCUGGCCCAGUGCGUCAGGCCACCGCCCAGAUCCCCGAGAACUCGUACCUGCCCUCGUCGGUGCUGCGUCGUCUGCGUUACCGCCACUAGGAAGUGCCAUAGCUUUUAGCUGCCCUAUUUGUUAACUUUUUGUGUUAUCUAUUGAUUUGUCGAACGAUCCGCUCCAAUACAAUACUUUUUUAAAUUAA